AUGUGGCGCGUCACAAGGAAAGCUGAGCAGGCAAUUGCUGCCCCGCCCACUCUGGGAAGAGGGCCGGGGCCACGGGCUCCAGGGAGAGGGAAGGGGCGGGGCUGCCGGCUCCAGGGGGGACGGGCUUUCCCUGGGUGGGCAAUUGGGCGGGACGGGCUUUCCCUGGGUGGGCGCAGCAGCUUCCUGGGCCGCCCUCACGCUCUGGGUCAGAGUUCCUUUACAGGCGGACCUGAGAGGCAACUCACCGACUCCUUCCCUGGACCCUCCUGCUCCACUGAACCCCCUGACCUGGGAGCCGCGGAACCUAGGGCUCAGGAGAUGAACCAGGACCUACCCGAAGGUACCAAGUGAACUUCAAGGUAAAGUCCAAUUCUCAGAUGCUGGAUGUCUUCCAAAAAUGAAGCAAAUUGGUAACUUAGUAGCUGAGUCAACUAUUCCUGUUAGAUGGUCAACACUGUUUUUUUAUUUUAGUAUUUUUAAGUGGCAACUCUAGUGUGUGAGAAAAUGAAUGUGACAGCUGAAUUUGUAGAAAGCUGCUUUGACUCUUGGGCUCCUUCAUAAGCCCUCGAACUAAAUAAAAGUCUAGUGAAU